GCCCGGCGGAGGGAGGGGCGGCUCGGCGCCCGCGGCUUCCCGCCUCGGGGAUGCCCGCAGCGGGAGGGAAGGCGCCCCCGGGGAGUGAGCGCGGCAGUCCCGGCCGCGGGGGGGAGGCAACUUGGAGGCCGGGUUUCCCGCGGCCCCCGGCUUCCUGGGGCCGUGAAGGGGCGGCCCCGUCGCGGGGGCCGCCCUGUCCCUGCCGCCGGGGUCGAGGGGACCGAGUGUGGCUUCUGGCCCGCCCGCAGGUCGGCAGCAUGUCCUCCUCGGGCCCAGCUGCUGAGGGAGACGGAACCCCCGCCCAGCCCGCGUCCGAGAAGGAACCCGAAAUGCCCGGCCGGAGAGACGAAAGUGAAGAGGAAGACGAAGACGACGAGGAAGAGGAGGAGGAGGAAGAGGAGGAAGAAAAAGAAAAGAGUCUGAUCGUGGAAGGCAAGAGGGAAAAGAAAAAAGUGGAGAGGUUGACCAUGCAAGUCUCUUCCUUACAGAGAGAGCCAUUUACAAUUGCACAAGGAAAGGGACAGAAACUUUGUGAAAUUGAAAGGAUACAUUUCUUCCUGAGUAAAAAGAAAACGGAUGAACUUCGAAAUCUACAUAAACUACUUUACAACAGACCAGGCACAGUGUCCUCAUUAAAGAAGAAUGUGGGUCAGUUCAGUGGUUUUCCAUUUGAAAAAGGAAGUGUCCAAUAUAAAAAGAAGGAGGAAAUGUUGAAAAAAUUUAGAAAUGCCAUGUUAAAGAGCAUCUGCGAGGUUCUUGAUUUGGAGAGAUCAGGUGUAAAUAGUGAACUGGUGAAGAGGAUCUUGAAUUUCUUAAUGCAUCCAAAGCCUUCUGGCAAACCAUUGCCAAAAUCUAAAAAAACUUCUAGCAAAGGCAACAAAAAGGAACGGAACAGUUCUGGAAUGGCCAGGAAAGCUAAGCGAACCAAAUGUCCUGAAAUUCUGUCAGAUGAAUCCAGCAGUGAUGAAGAUGAAAAGAAAAACAAGGAAGAGUCCUCCGAUGAGGAAGAUAAAGAAAGUGAAGAGGAGCCACCAAAAAAGACCUCUAAAAAAGAAAAACCUAAACAGAAAGCCACUCCCAAAAGUAAGAAAACUGUAAAAAGUGCUAACGUUAAGAAGGCAGAUAGCAGCACCACCAAGAAGAAUCAAAACAGUUCCAAAAAAGAAAGUGAAUCUGAGGAUAGUUCAGAUGAUGAACCUUUAAUUAAAAAGUUGAAGAAGCCUCCUACAGAUGAAGAGUUAAAAGAAACCGUGAAGAAAUUACUGGCCAGUGCCAACUUGGAGGAAGUCACAAUGAAGCAGAUUUGCAAGGAGGUAUAUGAAAAUUAUCCUGCUUAUGACCUAACUGAGAGAAAAGAUUUCAUAAAAACAACUGUUAAAGAGCUGAUUUCUUGAGGCAGAGGAGACAGAGGACUUGUCCCAUAGACGUCAGGAUCUGAUUUAUACCGUUAAUACCAGCAAAGAGAAUGUACUUCCUUUUCUAACCCUCGCGGGCGUUGUGUUGGUAGAACCUAUCGCUGAUCUUUUUAUCUGGAGUGUUAAGUAAAUUUGAGUUUGUGGUUUUAAAUUGCAUUUCUAUGCAGUUUUUAGUUUAAAAUUUUGCAUGGCAGUAACUGUUACUUGCUUUUAUAGCUGUAUUUUGUACAUUUUGGAUUUCUUUAUAUGAGAUCGUAGAGUCUUGAACCGUUGUAGUUUUUAGUGCGCUUAGUAUUCGCUUGUUUCCAACAUACUUUUAACCAAGUAGAAGAAACGAUUCCUGACAUUUAUACAUGCAGAGACCACGGCAGUAUUUAGAUGAAAUGUUUUGAAUACACACCUGACAGUGGCAGUGUGUUCAUCAUAUUAAAAAUGCACAGGCUUCAGCUAUCCAGAUGAUUAAAUUGGAAGUGUCUGCUGCAGAUGUAUAUAUGUCAGAUUGUCAGCAUGACAAAAGUGACAGAUGUUAUUUUUGUAUUUUUAAAAACAAAUUUGUUGUAUAUAAAGUUUUUUUAUUUCUUUUGUGCAGAUCAAUUUUUAAACUCCUAUAGGUAGGUGUCUUUGCAGUUAUAAACUGAACCGUCAGUGUUGGGCCGGAUGGUAUAUGACAGAGCAGCGAACUCAGUGGAGGAAACACUGAAGGAACGGGUCGUUCUCUGUCUGCCUCGGAAGUGUCAUCAGUUUGUAGUCUGAGUGUAAACUCUGCAAGUGUCUGUAGAUACAUUUUAUAUUAAGGAUACACCAAACCAACACAUCAGAACUUCAAAAUUGGGGUGAGGGUGGGAUUAAGUACAAGCACAUUUGGCUUAUAAUACAUGAACUGAUUUUUAUUAACUGCUUUUGCCCAUGUAAAAUGCUGAUAUUUACAGGAAACCUGGCCACCUUUAUAAUUAUGAUAAAUGCACCGAGUACAAUGCUAGAAGGUAAUGUGUAGGCAAUAGUGGGAAUCUCUGACAAAGUAUUUCUCAAAAGUGAUAAAAGACUUAUUUUUAACAUUAAACAAGUUUAAUGUAUUUGUGGAAUCAGGGCUUUUGGGUUUUAAAUUUUGGCCAAUCAGGAUUCUAGGUGAUCAACACACAGACUGCUCGUGAAUUAGACUGUUUCAUCUUUUACAUUGUCUUAUUCAGUUUACUAAAUACUUUACUGCUUAUGAGAGACUUAGGCCUUUGAUAAACCAGUUGAGUGUUUAAAAUGAACAUCCACCCAGAGAACAUGAAAUACAUAAAAAUGAUAAAUGUUGGCUGUAUUUUCACAGGUUUGACUUGUUUCUCGAUAAAUACAAAUGAAUAAACAACUAAAGGAGACCUAAGAAUUGGCCAUUGAUUUUAAAUAUUUAAUUUGUUCUUAUAAACCUUGUUAAUAAAAACCAUAAAUCCA